AUGUCGAACUACACGAAGAUCGCUGCCAACAGCCCGUCCAGGAGCUCGCCCUCCGAGAUCGAGGUCGCCAUCAACAAUGCCCUCGAGGACCUCCAGAACAACAUCCCCGAUCUGAGGAGCUCUCUGCGCCCCCUUCAGUUCGUGUCCGCUCGCGAGAUCGAGGUCGGUCACGGACGCAAGGCCAUUGUCAUCUUCGUCCCGGUUCCCCUUCUCCAGGGCUGGCACAAGGUCCAGCAGCGCCUCACCCGUGAGCUCGAGAAGAAGUUCUCCGACCGCCACGUCCUCCUGGUCGCUUCCCGCCGCAUUCUCCCCCGUCCCAAGCGCUCCAACCGCUCGCGCUCCAACCAGACCCAGAAGCGUCCCCGCUCGCGGACUCUCACCGCUGUCCACGACAACAUCCUCACCGACCUCGUCUACCCCGUCGAGAUCGUCGGCAAGCGUCUCCGCACCAAGGAGGACGGCUCCAAGCAGCUCAAGGUUGUUCUCGACGAGAAGGAGCGCGGCGGUGUCGACUACAGGCUCGACACCUACUCUGAGGUCUACAAGCGCCUCACUGGCAAGACCGUCAACUUCGAGUUCCCCCAGAGCGCUGCUUCCGACUACUAG